GCGCCGGGAACGCCCAGGAUGAGUGACUCUGUAAAUGUUGGCUGAGAAUAAAUGGCCCAGGCUGCGACAGGUGCGAUGCUACGCUUUCCGGCUUUGCGAGAAGGCGGGUGGCACGCGGGGAUUGAAGCCACAGUUCUUACUGCGGUGUCGCCGGGCUGAUCACGAAGAAGGACACCGCUGUCUGUCUCCGCCGCCGGCCCCCGACUACCCACUAGAGCCAGUUCCCACAGGGGAUACUUGAAUACCUACCCGUGUUUUGGACACUGUGUUCAUAAUGGAGUUUCCUGACUUGGGGAAGCACUGCUCAGAACCGACUUGCAAGCAGUUAGAUUUUCUGCCAAUAACAUGUGACGCGUGUAAACAAGAUUUCUGUAAAGAUCAUUUUUCCUAUGCGGGCCAUAAGUGUCCCCUUGCAUUCAAGAAGGAUGUGCAGGUGCCCGUGUGUCCCCUCUGUAAUGUCCCUAUCCCUGUGAAGAGAGGUGAGAUCCCAGACGUGGUGGUUGGAGAGCACAUGGACAGAGACUGCGCCUUUCACCCUGGGAGGAACCAAAAGAAGGUUUUCACACACCGAUGCUCGAAAGAGGGAUGCAGGAAGAAGGAGAUGCUGCAGCUGGCUUGUGCACAGUGCCAUGGCAACUUCUGCAUUCAGCAUAGGCAUCCUCUGGACCACAACUGCCAAGCUGGGAGCAGCUCGGCCAGCAGGGGGAGGCCUUCAGCAUCCAGCGCUCCUGAGCAGAAGCCAUCAGGAAUCAGUUGGCUGGCCCAGCAACUCAGGCGGACAGUGAAGUGACAGCGUGGGCCACACGCCAGCUCCUUUCCGGCACUUUCCUGAUUCUCCUGGUAGACUGAGUCUUUAUGGAAAAGUCUCCAUUGACUGUUCAAGUUAGGGCAGAGAGAUGGCUCAGUGGGUACUUGCCUCACAAGCCUGAGGACCUAGUUUAUCCCCAGAAUUCAUGUUUUUGUUUUUGUUUUUUAAAGAAAAAAAAACAGAUAUGGUUGGUGCACACUUUUAAUCUUACCAAUGUAGAGUAGAGGCAGGCGAAUCCUUGGGGCUCUGUGACCAGCAGCCUGGCCUAAUUGGGGGUUCCGGGCCAGAGUGACAUCACCUUGAAAAACAGGGUGGACAUUUCCUGAGGAGGGACAUUGGAGAUUCAUCUUUGACUUCACACACAUAUAUGUACACCCACAUGUACACAUACAUGUACACCCACAUGUACACAUACACACAACGCACAAAUUACUUAAGAAAUGAGGCUGUUCAGCAACUUUGAGCUGCGUUAGGUUCCUGUAGCAAGCGCUGAGUUCCGGAGCUGAGGACCUGUGUAAAUAUCAGUAGUGGUGGCUUUGGCCUGUGCUAUACCAUUUCCGGAAAAUUCUGUGCUAUAACAGAAAAGAGCUGCUGAUGACUCUGAAUUCUUCCCUAUAUGGCUUUUGUAAUGAGCUGUCUGUGGGGCACAGUCCUCUCACGGUCCCCAAGAGCUCAAGUGAGUGUGGUGCCCUUUCCUGACCCCGGCUGGGGCUACUGUGGAGGGAGGAUGUGUACUUGGCCUACAGUGGACUUAAGCAACCAGCUUAGCUAUGCCAUGACUCCUCAUUCCUGGCUUCAGUUUUCACUUCAAGACAGAGUCUCACCAUGAAUCUCCAGCUGUCUUGGAACUCACUCUGUAGACCAGGCUGGCCUUUAACUCACAGAGAUCCACCUGCCUCUGCCUCCCAAGUGUGGGUCCAGUUUUAACUCCCAAGAAGAGCAUCAUGAAAGGGAAGCCCUCUCUGGACUUUAUGGUGGCAGCAGGCAGGGGCUCCCCUCUUGGUCUCUUUUGAGGAGCAGAAACCCAGACAGGAGGAGCAAUGGAGAAGGUCUGCAGGGUGUGACCUCUGUUGCUCCUGUGUCACCUGUGUGGCCUAAGCACGAGUGCCACCAGCUGCCCAUGCCCACGUGGGGAAGAGCAUGUCUGGAGUGCCCCGGUGACAGAUGCCAGCAUUAGAUUGAUCCUGAUGACCACUGGGUGUCAGGGAUGUCAUGGGACCAGCCCCCCAAGCCAGUUUUCCCUUAACCCUGAUUUCUGACACCUUUGGGGCAGUUGAACUCCCUGAUUUACAUACCUAGCAGCAUUCUGCAGGGUUUUGUGGCCUCUGACUGUAGGGGAGGCAGGACUGGGUUCUUAGCCUGUUCUCCGAAGACUUGACUGUGAGUGUCCUAAGCCAGUGCCUCUCCAGGGUCCGUGUCAGUAUGGCUCCCAGCUCUCAUGCUGCUUCCUACUCCCAGUCUCUGACUAGUUCUGAGGGGACUCGGGGUUUGCCCUUAGAACAAGGUCUAGGCUGUGGUGCUGUGUGGGGACACUGAGACAAAUCAUGUCUUUGCCUCUACUUCCCAGGGUGGUAGCCCCUAACCUUCAUGGUGAUGGGCACUUUAGAUGUAGCCAGCAUAAUGGAGCUUUUCAUUCUGCUUCAGGUUUAAAAUAUCUGGGUUUGUAAUUAGGCACCAUUUAAGUAUGUUAGGGACUUGGCUGUGUGAACCUACCUCCUAAUCAUUUUAUGAAAUAAAAAUGCCUCAGCUGAGAUAACUUCAGAUUGGGAAUUAAAAACCAUUGCCCCUGUAGUUUAAGAGUUGUACUGCUCUUGCAGAGGUCAGGAGUUUAAUUCCCAGCGUCGCUCACAACUACACGUAAACUUCAGCUCCCGGGCAUCUGAUACCUCUGGCCUCUGUGGGCACUUGCACUCAAAGCCACACACCCUUAAGCACAUAAAGAAAAGUCAGAAGUGUGUUGGGAAAGGUUAGGGCCUAGCUUUGUGGAUUAACACUUGCCUGGAGUCCACCAAUGUGGAGCUGAGGCCAUGAUCCAUAGGAGAGCACCUGCCUAGCACCCCUCAGGUCUGGGGCAUGGUUUCUAGUAGAGCACCUGCCUAUCGUGUCUGAGGCAAAGGAAGCAAAACAAAAUCACCAGGCUUCAAGGACAAUAUCAAAUGUAAGACGUUGUUUAUAUGUUGAAAUAUUUUACAUAUAAUGGUUAAUAAAAUAAUUUUUUUCA